UGUACAGAAUGUAUUAAAAAAAUACAAUAAGUUUAUGCUCUGUUCGGACAUCCAAAAUGUACCAUCCUGUACAUUCUUUGAUAUCUGCUACAGAAAAAAAUCAAAAGUUUCAAAGCGAUUUUCUCAAAAUUUCUUCGAUAAAAAAUUAAACAGUUAUUGUUGUCAGAUAAGUUUCGAAUUUUGAGUAGAAUAUUACGACGGUGGUGUUAGACGUAGAAUAUUACGACGUCCACUAUUUGAUGAUGACCUUAGGGGCCGAAAACGUUAGUAGAAGAGUUCCAAUAAAAUAAAAACAAAAGUACAGACAUUACAAACAUUAAUGCUUAUCGUUAUCUUAAUGUGUGCUCCCAUGAAUCGGCAUAAUUUAAUGUAAAGUAGAUAUCGCUACAUAACUUGACCAAUAACAAAAUCUCCUUUAUGUCACAUUUCCUGUCACAUAUCUCUAAAUUAAUAAAGUUUAAAUUCUGUAACAAUGACCAUUGCAUCUUUAAUCAUUUUCUACACAUUGCUCCUCUACCAAGGUAAACUAACUUCACAGUUAGUUUACACUCGAGAAUUUUUAUCCCAAAUCCCUUCCGUCGACUUCUGUCAAGCUGACGCGACCAAAUCCGACGUCUUUUACUACUUAUUCAAAAGUGCAACCCAAACGACUGCUAUAACAAUAAACGAGGACUACUCCUUACCCGAAGAUGAGAGAAACCUUCCCAUGAAAAUACUAAUGCAUGGUUACACUUCAAACGUAACAUCACCGUGGUACAAACAAAUGAAACAAGAGUAUUUCCAAAAAGGCCCACAUAACAUUAUUUACGUCGACUGGUCCAUUGCUUCGAAUAAAAGUUUCGCAGUGUCUGCAGCUAACAUUAAACCCGUUGGGGAAUUUAUAGCCGAUUUGAUAGUUAGCCUAAGGGUUCCGGUGGAAAACGUGCACCUUAUAGGACACUCACUAGGAUCACAUUUGGCCGGUUUCGUGGGCAAAAACAUUUAUUCAAAAACCGGGAAAAAGGUGGCAAGGAUCACAGCAACGGACGCCGCUGGUCCAGGCUUUGAAAAUGCGAAACCUGAAGCCAGGUUGAACAAACACGACGCUACUUUUAUCGAUGUGAUACACACUGAUGUGAAUUAUUACGGCAUUUUGAAACCCAUAGGGCAUGUCGAUUUUUACGUAAACGGCGGGAAAAACCAACCUGGGUGCCCUGCACGUAAAGUCGAUGAUAAUUGUAGCCAUGCGAGGUCCAACGAUUAUUUCAUCGAAAGCAUAAACAAGAGAAAUGUUAUGGCAAGGCCGGCGAAAUUAAACGAUGAAGAAGAAAUUGUGCUAACAAGCCGGACUGAAGACGUGGAAUUUGGGGACUGGACACCGGCAACAGCUAGAGGGAUUUAUUUUAUUAAAACAAAUAAAACGGCACCUUACUUAUUACAGAAAAAAAUAAAAGAUACGUAACUAA